UUCGCUUCGCCAUUUUAAAAUACAAAAUAGGAGACGCUUCUCCGGAUAUCUUAGCAUUACAACUCAUUCCAACAGGACUCUUCGUCUUUAUUCCCCUCAUUCGACCACAUCGUCGACAUGCAGCGCCACAAGGAACUGUACAAGGAGCAAUCUUUGGUGUUGAGUCCGCGCAAUCACUGUCAGGAGAACAGAAAUCGGUUGCAGGCUGCGCGCGCCAAAAAACGGGAGGAUUGUUUUUAUCAGAAUCGCAUCAUCAGUGUGAGUCCAACGCCCGUUAAAACGAAGCCAGCAGUGGUGUCCCAAGAAAUUGUUCCUCAGGAAAAUGUGGUCCCCAUUCAGGAACUGGAGCAGCUGCAACAUAAUAAAGAUACCGUCGAGCACUCAGGGCAAUCCAACCCAAAAGCCACCCGCCAGAAACUAUAUUUGCAGCGCUACAUGGAGUGGAAGGCAAACAAGAACAAAGAGCACAAGCAGCAAGAACAGACGCGUCGUGGGACAGCCAUUAAUGUCCCUCUUGCAAAACAAUCAAAUGCAUUUCCUAAAUCUCAAACCUUUCGGGCUCCUGAUAACCUGCCAACUACUAAGGAAAAGGAGUCUGCUUCCGUUUUCCAGCCUGGUAAGAGACUUUCUCUCUACGUGAUUGCGAACCCCAUUGGCAAAACCAAAGGCACAGCAUUGGAAGCUAAGAUGAUAUCAACUCCAGCUCCUGCAGUAAACCAACCAAUGUCUACAGCUUCACUUGCUGCCAAAGCAACGUCCGUAGCUACUUCUUUGAGCAAAACAUCGUCAAAACCCGUGAAGGUAGCCCAUUCAGCCAAAUCUUUAACUACUGCUUUGGUCAGGCAUAAAGCAGUUACUCCUGCAUCAAACCCAGUGCCGGCAGCACGUCAGACCACAAACCCGGUUGCAUUGGCCAGGCAGAAAGCAGCUGCGAGACCCCUUACCACCGCUCCUUGCAAUGCCACAACCCGAACUACCAAUCUGAGGUCAAGGCAACCAACAAUUGAUGCCAAGAAGGUUGCUAGCAUCCCCAGAUCCACGCCAGCAGCGCUUAGCAAAGAAAAAACGGCUAUAACGCGGCAACAAAAACAAACAGUCAGAAUUCCUGUGUCUACCGCGCCAAGGACAGCAAGACUGAAAAAUGGACUGUCAAAGCCGGUAGAGACACCCUCGGGUAACAGAGGGUUAUCCUUCGGGGUUGGAGGACGUGUGGACGUAACAAAACCGCAACCUAUUCGUGCCAGAGGAGCUGUAGGAAAAUUCAAGGACUCAGUUGGAAUGACAAGCAAAACUGCCGCUAACUCCAUACGUAUGAAGGCCACAAAUCAGAAGAGUCAAUAUACGAAGCUUCAGGAAAACGUGCGAAAGAUUCCUCAGCUCAAGGCCGAGUUGCUGCAGGCAGCCACAGAAGAGUUACCGCCUAACACGCCGCUAGAAGAUGUUCUUAACCCCUUAAUGGAGUCUACAUCCACCGUGUGCAGAACCAACAACGUCACUGGUAGUCUUUUGGAUGCCUUUGGCGGAGGCAACUUACUGAGUCCAGUGGCACCGGCCAAAAGUGAAGAUACUACGGUCAAGAGGCAGUUGCUUCCGGCGGGAAAUACUGCUGCUCCAGUUUCGGCAGCAAAGAAAAAGUUCGAUUUCACGCGUUACUCUGUGGCGAAAUCGCCCGCGGAGGGCUCUCUGAUCUUGGAUCCGCAGCAGCUUGAGAACUCCAAAGGAGAAUCCACUUUAGUGCCAGAUGAGCAGAAGACUCCGCCGCGCCGCGAAUCGAGUGGAAUGCCCAACUACCUCAGUCCGUAUGUUAGCGUCUCUCGUGGAAAGGUGAAUUCGCGAUGUGAAAAAGAGAAACGGAAUAGUUUCUACCUUCCUGGCGAGGAAUCGCCUUUGGAAGUAAGACGUGCCAUCGAAUCUGUUUUGUAUUUCCGACUGCAGCUGGAGAAUGAGAUUGCGCGGCUCCAAGGUCUUUGUAAUGAAUGGGAGGCGCACAGCAAGGAGAACGAAGCAAGAUUGCUGGAAACUGGGGGUAUUGACAUGAUCAACGUGACCAUCGGACAAACACGUCUGUUAACUACCAAGAAGAUGAUGCAGUUUAGCAGUCUUAUUGAUCGCUGUGAGGCCGGUGCCACUGGCAAGAAUAGUCAGCCAAACGACGGAAGCGAAGACACGAAACCGGUGCAGGCUGAGGAUCUGGAGGGUUGGUGGGACAUGUUGCGACUGCAGAGCGAAAAUGUGGACAAACGCUUUGAAAACCUGAAACGUUGGAAGGCUAACGAUUGGCUCGAUCCGGAUGCUGUGACUGAGGAACCCAAACAGCAAAAGCCAAAGAUAAGUCGUAAUAUGAAAAUUAAGUCAAAGGCCAAGCCCAGUAGCAAUCUACAGCAGUUCCUUCGCAAAGCCCAUGCUAAUAUGAAGAAGAAUAAGGUGGAGGAGCCGUCUACAGACGGUGGGAUUGCCUCUACGUCGUCGCGCCUCAGUUCGCCACGGGUAAUCGUGGUUCGUAAUCGCAGGUCCUUUUCGCCUGCUCGCACUGUACUCCGUAUGUCCACUGGCGAAGGAAGGCAGUCUAUAGCGCCAAACGCGCUUCUGAAAUCAGCCAUUCUUGCGGCCGCAGAGCAGAAUAUAGCAAAAACGCCGCCACCGAAGCCGCGUACCUCCAUUCUAAAAACACCCGGUACCACAAAACGUCAGAACCGCGGCGUCCUCUUCAGCGCUAAGAAAAGUGUUCGACGUUUCGAGUUCACCUACGAGGAGGGUAACAUCAGCAACGACGAGAUAGUGGGCGCCGACAAGCUGGAGGACUGCGAGGAAGAUAUGUCGCUGGAGGCAUCCACGGAACGCCGGUCUAUGGAGCAGGACCCUGAAACUAGUCAGGCCAGUGGACAAACUCCUCGGACAUACACGCUACGCAAUCGGCGGGUAAAUCUGCGUCCAUCAUCGGAGUUUAUGUAGUACAAACUUGAAUGGGAUGUCGAAUUGUUUAUAUUUUUAUCUUUAUAUUAUUGUUUUAGUGCAAAAUGCCAUUUAAGUGUUAAUCGUUUAAGUUAAAAUGUACAUUUGGCGUUUACAAUAUUCUACGUUUAUUUUUGUGUGAAAAUUUGAUCAUAUCUUAAUUCUAUUAAAUUAUAUUGAAUACA